AUGGACAACAUCGACGAAGAAUAUGACCGGCUCCUUGAACACCUUCACGACUGCGCGAACAAGGCUGAGAGUUUUAAAACCACCAAGAGGCGCCUGUCUCUUGAAACUCUUGAGCUGAUACGCCAGGGUGGAGCAGCACGAGCCGCAGGGAUCCAAGAACUCACGUCCGAGCUCGCAAGGCUUUGCAGAGAGGCGAUAAAGGAAAACCUUAAAGAAAUAAGAGCGGAAGUGCUGGCUGAAGUUGCAGAGGCGAGAAAAAGCUAUACCCGUCGAGAUUUCGCCAGUCACAAGACGAGGAUGACUGCUCUCCGGAACCCGAAAGAAACAACCAUUGCAUCGAGAAGGGGAAUGGAGGUAAUCAUCUACUUCUACUGUGAUCUCUUCGACAGCCAUGUCCCCUUGCCUUCUCACCAUCUGAGGAAAGACGGACAUGUCAUUCCAGAGGUUCUCUCGUCCGAAAUACGACAUGCUAUCAUGUUGGUAAGAAAUCCUACGGCACCCGGUUCCCACAGAAUAAGACCAGAACACCUGAAGAACCUUCCGCCAGUACUCGUCAACAUUCUGGCGAGGCUCUUUAAACGUUACCUGUCGGAAUGCAAGGUUCCUAACAGUGGAAGACCAGCAAGGCCGUGUUGUUGCACAAAAAGAGAGAUCCACAUGACAUCGGCAACUAUCGCCCAAUCUGCUUACUGUCAGUCAUUUACAAGCUCUUUACAAGAGUGA